CCUCGACCUCUUGGAGAUUACAGGUACAAAGAUAAAGCACGAAUCUUUCCCUUACCAUUGUAUCGUGCCAAACUUUAUCGAUCGAGCACAUAUCGUCUCAGUCCUCCAGCUUCAAGGGAGCUGUUGCGAGGGACCAGCGCAACCGUGCCUCACUCGAUCAAGCCCCGCAUCAGCCCUUCAGCCCAAUUUCGUAUUCAUCCAAACAUCCUCACCACCAGCGAAGUCCUGCAAGCAUGGCCGCUAGCACUCCUUCGAUGAUCAUCAACCUGCCGCCUCCUCGUCCCGAGGAGGCAGCGACGCCCAGUGAUCUUCCGGGCACGCCAAAUUCUGGCACCACCACAAUGUCUGAACUUUCGACCGUCGCUAUCAAGGACGGCCAUCGUGGACAUCUCCCUCAUCAUCAUCACAAUCAACCUCUUGACGCUGAGCGUGCGGAUCGCAUCUCUCGCCUUGCAGGUCUUGAUCGUGUUCAGCCUCGAGGUUCACUUACUCCAGGCGCUGGCGUUGUCUCAGGACAGCCUUCGAAUCCUCCACAAGGUUACUUUGACUCCAACAACCAGCCCCAGAUCAUGCGCGAGCGCAGCACAGUCGGAAGCGCAUCCGCAACUGGCUCAGUUGGUGGUCGCACAACGUGGGCCAGCGGCAGCGAUGUAUACGACCCGGACAAGAUGAGCGAGGAUCAGGAUGUCGACACCUCGUCAAUGGGUGGGUUCAGUGAUGAGGGCCAGCAGUCGCUUGUGAGCUUUGGAGAGGGCGCAAGAACGCCUGCACGCCAGCCAAGUCAUCUCGGCAGUCCGGUCGCAAGCAAAGUAACGCCAGUAACGGGGGUGCCAAGCGGUUUAAGGGAGAGCACCAGCGCGGGAAGUCCAUCACAACAAGAUGCGAGAAUGAUUGACGGCGUCACGUACGAUACCAGUGUUGUGGACACGACGAUGAGUGCCAGAGACCCGAACAUGGAGCGCAGUGCUGAGACUAGCGAGCGGUUGAUGAGGGAAAGGUUGGGUAGAGGCUCCCACUAACGUAAGGUGAAAAGGGUACAAACGAGAUGUUGUGACGUAUAAAGGUACGGUUUUAUUAUGAUACAAGACGCUGCCACCGCGCUCGCUUUGGGCUGGCCUGAUUGCUACUGUGAACAAGUCUCGUUGGACGCUUAGAAACGUCACGACCGAACAGAGCACAGUGAGAUGUUGUGGGGAUAUCGACUUUGUAUUCACUGUAUGUACACACCAUGAAAAUGAAGAAAAGCGGGCGCAGUCUUUGUUUGGCUACAUUGGCACAUCAUGUCUAAAAUUUUUCUCGUAAUUUGUCGCGAAAUCCUGAAGAGAGAUGAUUCAGAAGGUGCCAUGGCACAAAAAAACAUGUGCAGAACUAUCUGUACUUCAGUUGAAGACUACACCAGAACUAUGC